CUUGGAAAUUGUUUGGCGUGCGUGAUUCUCGCGUGCAGUUGACGGAGUGAAUUUGUGGCUGUUGCACGUGUACAGAAAUUUGUUGGUUAUUCAUGAGAAAUUUAUACGGUUUUUGGUAUUCUACAAAUUAUUUAAUUCACAAUCAUGGUGAAAGUAAAGAAUAAGAAGCGUAAUUUGGCUGAAACGACAGCCAAAAAACGUGACCAAAGUAAGAAGAAAUCGUUGAAUGCAUUUGAGGUUCAUAUAAAUAAAGAAAAACACAAGGUCUUGGGUCGGAAGAAUAAGGCGGAUCGUGGACUGCCUGGCGUUGCACGUGCAAAGGCAAUAAACAAACGUAAAAAUACUCUGCUCCACGAGUACAAAGUGAAGGACAAAAGUAAUACGUUUGUAGACAGACGUAUCGGUGAAAAAAAUUCUGCCAUGACCCAGGAAGAUAAAGUGAUGGCUAGGUUUGCUGCUGAGAAAAUGAAGGCACACAAAAAAAAGAAUAUCUUUAAUUUGAACGACGAGGAGCUACUCACGCACAGAGGUCAAACUUUGGCAGAAAUUGAAAAAUAUGACGACCCAAGAAGUGAUGACGACGAGUAUAGCGAUGAAGAAAAUAAAACGGGAAAAUUGGACAAAGACUUUGUAAGCGAAGCUCACUUCGGUGGUGGCCUUCUAUCAAAAUCUGACUCGUCGAUGUCUAGGAAAGAUUUAAUAGAACAGUUGAUAGCAGAGUCAAAGAAACGCAAAGCCGAAAAGCAAAAGGUACGGGAACAAACCUUGGACUUGACUGAUAAACUUGAUAGCGAAUGGAAAGAUCUUUUGCCUAUCGUGAAUGCUUCGAAAAAACGUGUAGAAGAACCCUAUGAGAAAACAAAGGUCGACGAUUAUGAUAUCGCACUUAGAGAAUUGAAAUUUGAAGCCAGAGGCACGCCAUCCGACAGACUUAAGUCUGAAGAAGAAAUUGCCAAAGAAGAAAAAGAGAAACUUGAAACGUUGGAGGCUGACAGACUGGCAAGAAUGAAAGGCUCUGCUGGAAAUGCAGACAAUGCAGCGAAGCACAAAUCAGCCGAUGAUCUGGACGAUGGAUUUGUUGUAGAGGAUAUAAACGAAGAAGCACUUACUUAUGGCGAAGAUGGAGUAGUAAAUGGUAUCAGUAAAGAGAAAGAUGAUGAGAACCUUGAGGAUAACAAUGAAAAUAAAAGUGUCGAGGAAAGCGAGAGCAGAGAGUCCUCGGAAGAUGAAAAUACAAUGUCAGAAGACUUGAUUAACGAUUUAGCACAUGUUCAAAUGCUUGAGGAGAAAGUAAAAACAGAUACAGAACUUGUGCCUAAUAAUGGAAAUCAAAUACAGCACAAAUCUAAAGACCCUUAUGACAAUAUUCCAGUUCUGAAGAUAUCUGAUGAUAAUGAAGUUACUAAAGCUAAGGUUAAUAAGCAUCAAAGAAUUUCUGAUGAUGCUGAUCUCUUAAGGAAAAAUGACAACCGAGCAGCUGCGAGUACAAAGAUCUCGAAAUCUCCGAUUACUGUUGAAUCAUCAGGCAAUGGUGUUGAGGAUAAAAGUUCGGAAUCCGACAUUGAAUCUGAAGCAGAGGAAAACUCAGAUGACAAUGAUUCAGAUGAGGACAACUUGUCUGAUUUGAAAAUGGAUGAAUCCUCAAGCGAAGAGGAUACGCCAUUGUUGAUGAAAAAUGUCAAAUUCUCAACAAAUGUAACCCAAAAAGUAAUGCCAUAUUCGAAACCAACUUCUACUCCACUAAAAUCAAUACUGAAAACUGUAAAUAAUGAAUCGAGUAAAGUAGAAAAACUCUCCGCAGAAGAAAGAACUGCACUAAUCAUAGCAGAUCUUUUAAAAAGAAAAGAAAUGAUGGAAAAAGCUCGCGAAGAAUUGCCUUACACCUAUGCAGCACCAGAGAGCAUCGAAGAAUUGCAAAAACUGUUGCAGCAUCAAAAUGCCGAUUAUCAAUCAGUUAUUGUAGAAAGAAUAAUUAAAUGCAAUCAUCAAUCGCUGGCAGAAAGUAACAAAGAAAAAUUAGCCAAGCUGUUUGCAUAUUUACUUCAACAUGUGAAUGAAUGUAUGAUGAAUGCUGAGGACAGAGAUAUAGGCAAUUCUUUUCAAAUAUUCGAUAGACUGUGUCCACAUCUCUAUGAUCUUACGCAUGCGCUUCCAGGAAAUGCUAAAACAUGCAUUCAGGAGAUAAUGAAAGAGAAACACGAUACUUUCGAACUACACCGAAAGAAAUAUCCUGACCUAGACACUCUGAUUCUCUUCAAACUGGUGUCUCUUCUAUUUCCAACUUCUGACUACAGGCAUCCGGUUGUUACUCCAGCUAUAGUAUUUAUGUCUCAAAUAUUAACGAGAUGUCAUGUCAGAAGUAGAAGUGACAUUUCAAAAGGGCUAUUCAUCUGCACCCUUGUUUUGGAGUACACUUUAUUAUCGAAACGAUUUUCGCCAUCAGUGAUCAACUUUUUACGGGGAGUCAUACAUAUGAGUACACCAAAGCCCUCUGUUCAAGUAAUAAAAACAAUUCCGCCGUUUAAAUGUAUAGGAGAAUUGAGUAAUCUGUUGGUCGUAGACACGGAUCAGACAAAAUUCAAAAUUAAUCCAGAAUCAAAUCUUAUGCUGGCAACUGAUUUGAAUGAAAACGAAAUCGAUGACAAUUUCAAGAUCAGAACAUUUGUAACUGCGGUGAAUUUAGUCUCUGAGUUUAAAACUCAACUCGAAGAACUAGACGCAGCUUAUCCAAUAUUUGAACCCAUCAUUAAACUUUUAAGCAUAAAUAAAAUGAGUAAUUAUCCAGAAAAUGUGAAACAGCGUGUCAGGUGCAUUCUGAAAGAUUUGAAUACUUUGAAGGAUAAAAAAUUGGAAUAUAUUACUCGUGAGAAAAAGAAACCAAAAGCUUUGAGGCUAUAUGAACCAAGGAUAGAGACUGUAUAUGACGGAAGAAGACAUAAACCAAUGUCCAAAGAGAAAGCAGAGAGAGAAAAAUUGUUGCACAAGUACAAAAGAGAAGUCAAAGGUGCAAUACGAGAAGUCAGACGGGAUACAGCGUUCUUGGCAAAAGUACAGAUCAAACAACAAAUUAAAAGUGACCAAGAUCGUAAACGAAAAGUUAAGGAAAUUUUCGGCGAUGCAGCACUUCAGCAGGGUGAGCUUAACAAAAUUAAGAGGUCCAAAUGAGGCUAAUAUGAUUAUUAUUAGCUACAGGUAUGGAUUUAUAGACGUGUCUACUACUAUUCCUGAAUGGAAAAACUAUGGUACACAAUUUUGGUACCAUUGUAUUUAUUGAAACUUGUACAUAUAGUAUAAUAGAAGAAGCACUAUUUUAUAACUAAAUUUCAAAUAAACAACAAAAUUCGAAAUAUCA